ACUGUUCCGCUAGCGGUGAGCAGUGGCUGUAAAUGAUUGAGCAGAGCUCUGAGGGUUGAGUCAUAAGAGAAGCGGUCUGACCUGCUGGGGAAUGUGAUGGGAUCCCUCCCACCACCUGGGAGUGCCUCCUCCGUCCAGCGCUUCAUGUACAUCCCCAUCAACCAAUGGAAUUUGCCUGUAGGUUUGUUUAUGUUCCAGCACCAAGCAAUCCGAAGGAUGUUCAAAGGUCCAGUCCUAUCGGGGUCAAACAUUCAGCCCUCCUGCCUCCGAUCAGAAAAACCAGACCCAGCUUCCCUCCUCCUCCUCCACCUCCACCUCCUCCACCUCGUCCUCUAACCCCUUCUGCUCCUCCACCUCCUCCUCCACCUCGUCCUGCUCCUCGGAGCGCCACAGAGCAGGGCAGCCCUGUGCCUUCUCCUCGGAGGUUCAGAGAGCAGCAUGAGAGGAGCACAGAGGAGAGGAGCGCCGCAGUGAUCCUCUCCGUCGUGAGGAGGAGCACGGUGGAGUGGAGCAAGGAGGAGAGGAGGACGGAGGAGAGGAGGACGGAGGAGAGGAGCAGCGAGGGGAGCAGUGAGGCCCUGGGGGGUGGGGGGCCGCCUUCGGCCCCCGCUCUCUCCCCUAGGCCCCGGGCCGCCCUGAAGACCCCCGUCCCAGGCACAAAGCAAGCUCCACCCCUCCCUCCGAGGUCCCCGUGGAUGCGGGGCGCCCCAGAGUACCUGGUGCUGCUGCCCCAGCCGACCCCACUGAGGGCCCCCAGCCCCUCCCGCCCCCCUGCCCCGGACGGAAUAUUGGAUCCGGAUUCUCUGCCAGGAAACCCAAAUGUGAUUCUUGUCAGUUUGGGAAAGCUUCUUUCAGAGGACAGAGUGCACCCCACAGAAGGUGAACCCCUGCUUUGCUCCCAAUGUGGUGCUGGGCUCCUCUCCUGCUAUGACAACAUGGUGAACAGCUGCUUCUUCUGCCGGCCGGCGGGCCCCAGCGCCCCCACCCCCGCCGCCCCCGCCGCCCCGGGACCGGCCGGCGUCCCGGACAGCCUCUUCCUGCUGAACCCGGAGGGCCCGCCCCUGGACCCCUCCGACGCCCUGCUCAUCUUCUGCAUCGACAUCUCCGGCUCCAUGGGCAUCACCUCCCCUGUCUCAUCGGAUGACAAGACCAUCUACAGAACACGACUGCAGUUUGUCAAGGACGCGGUGCUGCAGUGUGUCCAGAGGCUCUGCUACCAACAACCAGAGCUGCGUGUCGGUCUGAUCACCUUCAACAACCAGGUGACCCUCCAUGGCUACGAGGGGGGCGGGUCCCGUCUCCUGGGUGACGCCGAGCUCAUCGACUCUGAGUACCUGAAGGGGGCCGCCUCGGCCUUCCUGAGCCCGCCUCCGCUCUGCCAGACCAGGGACCGCCUGCAGAGGGCGCUGCUGGGGUUGUCAGAGGGUGGGUCCACAGCUCUGGGACCGGCCGCCCUCCUGGCCAUCGCCAUGGCUUCCAGACAAGCAGGGUCAAAGGUGAUCGUCUGUACGGACGGGAAGGCCAACACGGACCUGGGGAACCUGGAGGUGGAAGACCACGACGCUCACACCCUGCUGUCCUCCACCAUCUUCUACCAGGACCUGGGGGAGUGGGCGGCCAGCAAGGGCGUGACGGUGUCGGUGCUAUCCAUCGAGGGGACCGACUGCCGUCUGGACGAGCUGGGCCGGCUGGCGGACCGCACCGGGGGGAAGGUGCUGAUAGCCAGCCCCCAGAACCUGCACUGGGAGUUUGAGAAGAUCCUUGAGGACCAGGCGAUAGCGACUCACUGCACUGUCACUCUGCUGUUUCCUCAAUCUCUGUGUCUGAGAGGGGAGAGAGAGGCGGAACACAAGGGGACGAGAGAAGUAGGAAACGUGAGCCCACACAUGGAGAUAACCCUUCAGUUUGGUGCAAAGGAACAGGAUCCAGAAAGUGCAGUACCGCUCCUUGCCGCUGGAGAGCGCGUGUCCGUCCAGCUGCAGCUGAGAUACAGACUGAGGGAUGGACGGGAGAUGCUCCGCGUGUUAACCGCUCAGCGGGAUGUGACCCACGACAGCUCCAGCGUCCUCUCCUCGCUGUCUCUGGCCAUCAUCCAGCUCAACUCGUCCCAGGCUGGCGCUGCUCUGGCGGUCAGGGGCCGGUUCCAGGACGCCCGGGCGGAGGGCGACGCCCAGAGGCUGCUGAUGGACAGAGCGCUGCAGCAUAGCUGCAGUGCAGAGGAGGAACAAAUCUACGACCAGUGGAAGAAGGCCAUGGAGCCCAUUCACGGCAGCAUACACGACUACACUAGGAGGAAAUCUGUGGUUUCCGACUCACAGCCCCUCACAGACAAGGGCGCCGCCCUGCUGUAUGGAAUGAAGCACAGCAAUACAAACUCUAUUUCCCUUCGGGAUAAACAGAGACCUCAGUAAAGUGGCCCGUUCCAAUGUCGUUAGCGGAC